CGGUGUUAUGUUCACAUCACACGUUGGAUAACUUGACAGACUCCAUAAGAACAGAGCGGUCAAACUAUCAGUAACAAUUGGUCAACUCUGGAGUACAAAAUUCUCACCUCGGGAUGGAAUAAUCUUCAUGUUCUCCUUUUCGAGCAGACUUAACUUAAAGGUCCUGACUCGGUCCUUGAGCUUACCUGUGGAGUAAAUGUGUUGGUGCGGUGUUGUGAUGGCUAGACGCUAGUGGGUUAGCUAGCUAGCUGUAUGGCUGUGUUUGAUAGUGCUGCAGUGCAAGGAGGGCGACUAUUAGCCUGCUAGAGGGCUACGUUCACUCGGCUUCUGGUUAAAUGUGAACACUUUUCCCUUUAUUGACGCUGCUGAUCAGUCCACAUCACGGAUAAUGAGUUGGAUCCCCCUGUAAGGAAUGUCACCAGGUGGAGAAGGGAUUUUUACACCCAGUGGAUUAAUCAUUCUGCUUUUCGUGAUCAUGGAAUAAUUUUCUCCACAACAUCAUGCGCGCCGUCACAUCAGACCUCGUCCACUACUCCUGCUGCAGAGAUUCCGUGUCCUCACAUUUGGAUUUAUCGUGAAGAUUUUUAAAGACCAGCAGCCCCCCCGAGUGGGUGUGCAAUCUUGUCAUUUUUUUUUAAUGUGCUCCCGGUGAAACAUUAACUAUGAAUUUCCUCGUGUUGGAUAUGCUCAUAUAUCUGUAAACGUUUAGUGUGAAUCUGUGCGAAGGAGCCCCCAAAAGAAGGAAGUCCAGGGCGGGAUAGGUGCAGAGAAACUCCCCGCUCCCAAAGAAACAUGGCUUCGGUUUGGAAAAGACUGCAACGUGUGGGCAAGCAUGCUUCCAAAUUCCAGUUUGUGGCUUCCUAUCAGGAGCUGAUGGUGGAAUGCACUAAGAAAUGGCAACCUGACAAACUGGUGGUGGUUUGGACACGCAGGAGCCGGCGGAAAUCCUCCAAGGCCCAUAGCUGGCAACCUGGCAUCAAAAAUCCCUACAGAGGAGUGGUGGUGUGGCCUGUACCAGAGAACAUUGAGAUCACUGUCACUCUGUUUAAGGACCCCCAUGCAGAAGAGUUUGAAGACAAAGAGUGGACGUUUGUCAUCGAAAAUGAGUCUCCAUCAGGGCGAAGGAAGGCCUUGGCCACCAGCAGUAUAAAUAUGAAACAGUACGCCAGUCCGAUGCCCACACAGACGGAUGUCAAACUCAAGUUUAAGCCCUUGUCCAAAAAGGUGGUGUCAGCCACGCUGCAGUUCUCCCUCUCCUGCAUCUUCCUCCGUGAGGGAAAGGCCACUGAUGAGGACAUGCAGAGCCUGGCCAGCCUGAUGAGCAUGAAGCAGGCUGACAUCGGCAACCUGGACGACUUUGAGGAGGAGAACGAGGAGGAUGAGGAGAACAGGGUUAACCAGGAAGAGAAGGCUGCCAAGAUCACAGGUGAAAACUGGACAGAGCUGAUCAACAAGCUGAACUUCCUGGAAGACGAGGAUCAGGAAACAUCUCUUGCCAUGUGCAACAACCCCUUCGAUGAUCCGGAUGAUGAUCUUCAUCCAAACCACCUCAACCCGUUCGGUGAUCCUGAUGAGGAUGAGCCUCCUGUCCAGCCGGUCCCAAGGCAGAGAGUAGAUGAUGACCCCUUCUAUGACCACGAUGCCUCAAAUCCGUUCCACGAUCCGGAUGAACCAGAGACAGAAACAACCCCAGGGAACCCUUUCGAUGAUUCCGAGCAAGACAUGGACCUACAGCCAGACCCUGAACCCCCCAAACCCCGGCAGAGGAAGGGAGUACGGCCUGUUGACAUGAGCAAGUACUUGUACGCAGACACUGCACCCAACGAGGACGAUGAACUUGACGAGUCCAAUCCAUUCUACGAGCCAAGGACAUCGAGCCCCACGCAACCCCCUGCUGGCAGCCCCUCCCUGGAUGUGGCCAGCAUCCAAAAGAGGAGGGCUCCUCCGCCCCCCAGUUCUAGCCCUGGCCCUGGCCCUGGCCCUGGCCCUGGCCCUGGCCCUAGUCUGCCAGCUCCCAAGCCCAGCUUGGGCCCCGCCAGGGAGAGAACCCAGCCAGUCGGGCCCAGUCCAGUCGCAGUAGUGAUGGGGAGAGAGCUGGCCUCCUCUUCCCCAAAGCCCAGCCCUGUUCCGAGUCCAGUUCUUGGAGGGAAGCCCAACGCCAGCCAGUCCCUGCUGGUCUGGUGCCGUGAGGUCACCAAAAACUACCGUGGGGUGAAGAUCACCAACUUCACCACCUCCUGGAGGAACGGGCUAGCCUUCUGCGCCCUGCUGCACCACUUCAGACCGGAAGUAAUAGACUACAAGUCGCUCAAUCCUCAGGAUAUUAAAGAAAACAACAAAAAGGCAUACGAUGGUUUUGCAAGUCUGGGUAUCUCCCGUCUCCUGGAACCAUCAGACAUGGUGCUGUUAGCCAUUCCUGACAAGCUAACAGUGAUGACCUACCUGUACCAGAUUCGCGCCCACUUCUCUGGAGAGGAGCUCAACGUGGUGCAGAUAGAGGCCAACAGCAGUCGCAGUACCUACAAGGUGGGCGAUUUUGAAACCGAUACAAACUCUUCCAUAGACCAGGACAAGUUCUACGCCGAACUCAAUGACGUGCAGACCCGCCAGGAUAGCGCUCAGCCUGUCGCCUCUGCCAGUGCUGAGUCUAACGGCACUAAAGCUGCUGAGGAGGAGGCGAUGGAGUCGGGUUGGAAAGCAGAAAUAGGAGCAGCAAGUUUGCCAGCAACAGGGCCUUUACAGUCCACCCCUCCUGUCCCAUCACCACGCACAGUAUUAGCAGCCACAGCAACAGAUUUGACCCACAAGACACAGUCCAGCUCUGAAGACAGGGGGAAUCUGCUCAAAGCCAACACUUUGGACCUCAGCGAGUUGACACAGAGAGUGGAGAGAGAGAUGGAGAAGGAGAGACAGCAAAAAGAGGAGAUGGGAGAGGAGAGAAGGGAGGAAAGUACAGAACCAGGGUCCCCCACCAGGAGAGGGGCCUCCCCUUCCUCUCCACCCCACCAGAAACUGGGAUUCUCUUACAACAGGGAUGCAGACCUCAUCAAGAAGAAGAGGGCCAGCCUGCGUCAUUCAGAGUCUGAGCCCGCCUCUGACACCAGCUCCCCUUCAGUUAACCACACAGAGAUGCCUCCCAAACAGGAGCCAACACCUCCCCCUGUCAGUCCUCCUGCUGAGAAGAAGGUGCUGUCUCGUCAGGAGGAGCUGAAAGAGAGAGCCCGGCUCCUCCUGGAGCAGGCCCGCAGAGAUGCUGCAAUGAAGGCUGGCAACAAGAACAUCCCCAACUCAGCCGUCACUGCACCAAACCGGGCCGCAAGUGUCAGCGAUGAGCGGGAUGCAGAGCGGAGGAGACAACUGAGAGAGCGUGCCCGGCAACUGAUAGCUGAGGCUCGAUCGGGAGUCAAGAUGUCUGACAUGAGCAUGCUGGAUGCUUCCAGCAUUGACAGAAGCAAGGGCAGCAAGGCUGGUCCUCCUGGAGAUAUUUUAGAUGGAGUGAGAGGUCAUCAUGAGGAUGAUGCAGUUGAUGGUGUAAGGGGUGAGAGUGAGGGAGAGGAGAGAGCUGAAGAAGAACAGCUCCAUUUUGCUGGAGCUGAUGACUAUGAUGAUGAUGAUGAUGAUGAUACUGUUGCUGCCACAUCUGCAUCUGUGCUGGUUACUAACCCACUGCCACUGGAGGCCCUUCUUCUUGCCACCUCCAGCAGCCAGGGGCCCCUGGAACUUACUAACCCCAGCUCUGAGCUAACUUCUCUGGGUACAAACAGUAAACACGUGGAUUUGAAGCUGAAGAAACUGGCGGAGGUCAGCCCAAGAAGAGCCACCUCCCCUUCAUCACCGUCCUCCACCUCCUCUUCAUCCUCACCCACUUCCUCCUCCACCUCCCCACUCAGCCCUGCAGAAGGACAGGAGAAUAGCGCUGAGGAGUUGCGAGCAGAGCGCCUGCGCAGAGCGACAGAGAGGUUGCGCAGCCCAGUAGUCUUCAACAAGGAUUCAGCCGUCAGGAAAACACAGCUGAAGUCCUUCAGCCAGUAUGUGGAGACCCGGCCAGAGGUAAAGAGACAGAAGUCUGUCCCUGAGGACCUGAGAAGGGCCGAGGAAGAUGGAGGUUCACCUACAGAGCUGGAUAUAAGACGACCGUUUGAAGAGGAGAAGGCGUUCAAAGACACCAGUCAGUAUGUGGUUGGGGAGCUGUCUGCACUGGAGAGCGAGCAGAGGCACAUAGACGCCCGAGCAGCUCGCGUGGAGAAGAGGCUGCGCUAUCUCAUGGACACAGGCAACAACAAAGAGGAAGAGGAAGCCAUGAUGCAAGAGUGGUUCAUGUUGGUGAACAAGAAGAAUGCACUCAUCAGGAGACAGAACCAGCUCUCUCUGCUGGAGAAAGAGCACGAUCUGGAGAGACGCUUCGAACUGCUGAACAGGGAGCUAAGAGCCAUGCUGGCCAUCGAGGACUGGCAGAAGACGGAGGCCCAGAAGAGACGCGAGCAGCUGCUGCUGGAUGAACUGGUCAUCUUGGUCAACAAGCGAGACGCACUGGUCAGGGACCUGGAUGCCCAGGAAAAACAGGCCGAGGAGGAGGACGAGCACCUGGAGAGGACGCUGGAGCAGAACAAAGGAAAGAUGGCCAAGAAAGAGGAGAAAUGUGUGCUUCAAUGAUUGUCAUUUCAGAGAAAACACAACCAACAAAUGUAGCCGAUAAAAGAAAUGUAUCAUUAUUAUAAUAUGAUGAAUAUGCUGAUGGUUCUUUGACAGUGGGUUUCCUAAACAUUUCUAUCAGUUAUAAGAAUUCUGAUGUGGUUGUUUUUUUUUUUGUUAAAUCGAAGCGCAGAGACUCGGCCCUGCGUCACCUUUGCACCAACUUUUUAUGGACUCAAAGUGUCCCUCUUAUAUAAAGUAUUUUUUAUUUUAACCCUUCUUUUAUUUUAUCAUGAACGGUACUUUUAUGUAAUAUAAAAAUGUAUAAAAGGAGAGCAGUGCAGUAAGGAUCAGACGGUGUGAUAUGUGCAUGUGACGCUGCAGCAGCCUCUCUCUGUCUGAAUGUGGAGACCAGUAGGUUUGAGGUACAGCACAACUGGGUUUACUGGGGGGAUUUUUUUUUUCUUUUCUUGUUUUCAUCGUCAUUUUGAGGAGAUGAUGAAGGGGUUGAUGUUUUCAAAGGUAAAAAAGAGUUGUUAUAAUAUCAGUCUUUUCAAGCUACUUCAUUACUUGACUGUGUAUCUUUUAAUUAUUUCACUUUAAAGUUUUUUCUUGUAAAAUAUCUUAAAGGGGGAACACAUUACUGUUCAGAAAUCUUAACUUUCCUAUUGCUUUUUUAUUGUCUUGGCUUGAAAGCAGUUUACCAAAUGAAAGUUAAUGUUUAAGAGAAAAAAAAAUGUGUUGUAUAUUUUCAUCACUGCUCUGACCUGCCGCUUCCAAAAUCCUUUUUUUUUUUUUGUCAGGAUACAUGCAGUCAAAAACAAAAAUAUAUAUAUUAUUUAUUGUCCUUUUUAAGCUGCUUGUAAGUGAAGCUACCAUCACAGUUCAUGUGCAUUUUUGCUCAACAACUUUUUUGGUUUCUAUUUAUUGUAAUCUGAAGAAGAGAGUUAUGCUUCCACGUGCAUCACUUAGAGCUCCACAUCCGGUGCAGUUUGUCCUUCAAUGUGUUGAACAUUUAUCUUGUUUAUUUAUUCCAGUGUCAUAACCCAAGUCUUCAAUAAUAAAGUCCUUAUGGUUUCAUACUCCACAGAGA